AUGCCAAUAAAAUCACUUGAAUCCUAUUUUUUUCAACGAAAGCAGGUGUUUCAAGCGCCGAUUGAAAUUUUAGCAAAUGCCACCAUCGGUAUCGACCUCGAGUACUACCUCAGCCGUAUAUACACGCCAAAGAAAGAGCAGUACUUGGUGGCCAUUGGAGGAGUGCCUUCGUCGCUCAAGGACUACCUCCAGUCGGAUCUCCAGAUAUUGAAAGAAUACAACAUCAAACCCAUUUUCGUCGUUUCGGGCUUGAAAAUCGAAUCUCAGCUAACCGAGUAUAAACAGAAUGAAUUGAGCCGAUACGAAGAACACUUGGCCGGCACGUGGACGAAAGUGGCCAACUCGCAGAAAUUGGGACCUCAACAGCAACAUAGCUUCCACAGCGAAAGCUUCAGAACCGCCCAAGAAGGCAUUUCCUUGGAGCCUAUAAUUAAUGACAUCAUCAAGUGUUUCAUCGAGUUGGGGAUCGAGUAUAUGAUAUGUCCGUACGACGCCUCUUUCCAACUAUCUUACUUGUUGCAGAACAAGUUGAUUGACACGAUUUAUGGAUCAACCGAUUUGAUGUUGACCGAGAUUGACAAGUUUAUCCUUGCAAUGGAGUUCCAAUCAAAGGAAUUCAAGUUUGUUGACAAGAGAAAAGUGCUUCAGGAGUUUGGGUUGAACGAUCGGCAAUUCACCGACUUGAGUUUAAUGGUUGGCUGCGCGCUCCAGCCAAACACUUUCCCCAUAUUCCCUCCGCAGCCUCGACCAACAAACCCUCAACAGCCGUUCCCGGCUUUGAACUAUUUCAAAUUGGGCCUCGAUAUGGUUUACCAAUACAUCCAGUUUAGCGGAGUCACGAGCGAUUUUUACGGCUACAUUCUCAACUUCAAUGACCCCAAGCUCAUAGACUGGUACACUAGGGGACUCAGCGCCAUCAAAUAUGUCCCCGUCAUCACAACUGAAGGCUCUGUUGAAUUGUACAAUGUGGAAAUGGCCAAAUUGAAGCUCAACAAGAACGUCGACUAUUUAACCGACGAAGAAGAUGACCCAGAAAAACCCUAUUUGGAGACGGAGGAGAAUAAGCGAAUUGUAAGAAUUCCAUCUAAUUUGCACGAGGUGAUCUCGCAACGGAUCCCGCCUGAAUUAUUCUUUUACCAGUCGCUUGGCUUGUUACCGGUGGACCUUUUAAGCUCGAUUGCGAGGGGCAUUUAUGACAUUAGGCCGCCCGCGGCGGUGGGGCGGAGCGAUUCGUACAAGAGCUUAGUGUCAUCGCCAUUCUUUAUUGAGACUUUGGAAUAUCAAUACAACUUGAUUACCCAGUUGUUGGCCAGAUACUAUCAGGUCAAGAAAGUGGUGGUCAAGUUUUGGUUCAACAAGGAGGUGGAGAUCAACAAUAGGAUCUCGCCUUCGAUCGCAAAACGGGUUGGUGAUAUCUUUGUCAAAACCUCGGAACUGACAAAUGGAGUAUUCAACUUGCAGCAGUUUCUCGCUUCUGGUUUAACAAACGGAAAGGAAGAAGUGGAAGGGGAGAUUACGUCUAGCAGAGACAUUGUGUCCACAGCGUUGUUGAGAGCUUUUUCUCUAUACGGAAUCAUUGAUAAGAAACGAGACUUGUCUUCUGUUGGAACCAUAUUGCAGCAACUUGCCGCCAACAAUGCGAUAAACCAGGCGGAGAAGGUCGAGGACGACUUGGAGCAAGUGGUGACCAUAUUAUUGCUUUUGAAAGCGUCGUCCCUGCAAUUUGAGCCGGAUAAGGAAUACGCCAGUGUGUCAAAAGCCUUUUCCGCGGUGCACGGACCAAACGGCGUGGCUCCCAAUUUAAAUGAGGAGGAAGCUAGAAAAGUCUUGCUUAUUGCAAAAGUGUUUUCAUUCAAAAAAAUUGCCGCUGCUCCGUUAAACUAUCAAGGUCCCGUCUCAAGAAGCCUCUUGAGUUUCAGAAGCCACACUGAACUCGUGAGGUCGAGCCUUUCGCACACCAUUGAGUGCGUCUUGGUGGAUCUAAUGGUUCGCCAAGAAAAGAACAACAUCAAAGGCCAGUACCAAACGAAGCAAGACUGGUUCAAACUCGUUGACCAACUCCCAUUCUACAAAACGGAACCCAAUACUUUGCUAGGGGUGAUCAGCGAGAUAUUCUUUGAAGUGGCAUUGAAGCAGCAGAAACUAGGAGCUAGCAACAAGGACGCUGCGCAUUUCGCCAAGGACUACCUCGCGGAACACGUUUACCGAGCUGGUCAACCAACGCACAACAUGAAUGCGCAUGGCCAAAACGCAUUCAGCAAAGAGCAAUUGGAGCGCGACUUGGCAGAAGGUGCUCGCUGGUGGAAAGUCUUCGUCUCUGUCAUCAAAGCAGCAAACGAGAAGGAUAAAUCGUUGUGCUCGGACGCGUUCCUCAAGGAAGUCAUAGAUGCAGACUCUUUGAUUGAUCAAGUGUGGGUAUAA